GGGCGUUGUAGAGCCGUCAGUGAGUGUGCGCGUGGGCUCCGGUGCGACGUGACGAGGUGGGCGCCAGCCGCAAUGCGAGACCAGACCGGAGGACAGGAUAUCUCAACGCCACUGAAACUAGGAGGAGUAACGAAUAAAUAAAGACGACAUUUGAAAACCGAUAGAUAAAAAUAGAUAAAGGAAUUAGACGGAGGGAUGGAGCCGGUGGGCUCGUUUCUUCCCGGUAAAUCCGGGAACUCGCACUUUGAUCCGGUGGUCUUUGUCAAACAGCCGCGGACCAUCCUCAGACUACUGUGCUGGGUAUUCUCUAUGGUAGUGUUCAGCUGUAUAGUAAAUGAAGGCUACAUGAACAUCGGCAGCGAGCGGUUGCUAUGCGUCUUCAAUAAGAACGCCGAUGCCUGUAACUAUGGCGUUACCGUGGGCGUGGUCUGUUUCCUAGGCAGCGUCUGCUUCCUGGUUCUAGACAUCUACUUCCCCACCAUCCGCAGUGUCCGACUCAGGAGGAGAGCAACUCUCAUCGACAUGGUCUUCUCUGCCCUGGCCAGCUUCCUGUGGUUCGUGGGUUUCUGUUUCCUGGCCAAUCAGUGGCAGCAGACGACAGAAGAAGAGCUCCCAUUGGCUCAGGGCUCCGACGCCGCCAGGGCUGCUGUUGCCUUCUGCUUCUUCUCCAUCCUCACCUGGGCUGGCCUGACGGCGCUUGCUCUCCAGACAUUCAUCAACCUGUUCCAAAACUUCAGCCUCUUCACCGAUCAGCUCGACGACAGCGCCGGUUACCACGACAACGCCCGCAGCACGCCCGUCGCCAACGGAGUCACCAUAGUAACCACCAACCCCUACCAGCAGGCCCCCCCCUUCAGCGAAACUCUGAGUCUGGACCCUUCUGCCCUCACACCCGCUCCUGUCUUCUAGAGGAGAGAGACGGAGAGUGUAGAGAGGAGAGAAAGAUGGAGAGAUGGAGAGAGAGGGAUAGAUGGAGAGAGGGAGAGAGAGAGAGAGAGAGAGAGAGAGGUAGAGAUGGAAAGAGGGAGAGA